UUAGUAUUGACAUGGGAAUACUUCUGAGAAGAGGGAGAAUAUUAUUUUCUGGUGUAACAAACUGUAUCAGUCUUUGUCGAAAGCAGCAACAGCAUUGCAGGUUUUACCAUGUCAAACAGAAGCGCCUAUUGUUAUCCCACCACUUUCUAUCAAUGAAUCUGCGGGAGGACAGUUUGUUAUCACAAGAGAGCAAGAUGGGGGAAAUGACAUGUAAAAGUCAGAGGCUAAUGUUACUAGGAGGCCUGAUCUAUCCUGCCAGCCCUGGUUGCUACCAUUAUAUGCCGUAUACUGUCCGAGCAAUGGAGAAGCUCAUCAAAGUGAUAGACCGAGAAAUGCAGAUCAUAGGGGGUCAGAAAGUGAACAUGCCCACAUUAUGCUCAGCAAAGCUCUGGAGAGCCAGUGGAAGGUGGGAGCUGAUGGGCAAAGAGCUCUUACGCCUGGCAGACAGACAUGGCCAAGAAUAUUGUCUGGGACCUACUCAUGAAGAGGCCAUCACGGACCUCAUAGCUUCUCAAGGCCGCUUGUCCUACAGAGAACUCCCCCUCUUGCUGUACCAGAUAACAAGAAAGUUUCGAGAUGAGCCAAAGCCACGCUUUGGGUUGCUGCGUGGUCGGGAGUUCUAUAUGAAGGACAUGUACACAUUUGAUGCCUCUGAGGAAGCUGCCCGCCACACGUAUGCUCUGGUUUGCAAUGCAUACUGUAAUAUAUUCAACAGCUUGGGCCUGCGGUUUGUGAAAGUCCAAGCAGCCACAGGGAGCAUUGGGGGGACAAUGUCUCAUGAGUUCCAGCUUCCUGCUGACAUUGGUGAGGACAAGCUGAUGACAUGUACGAAAUGUGACUUUUCAGCCAAUAUGGAAUUGAUAAACUCAGACCAGAGGUACUGUCCAGUUUGCAAAGGGGAGCUAGUUGAGACCAAAGGAAUUGAAGUUGGCCAUACAUUCUUCUUGGGCACCAAAUACUCUUCUGUUUUUAAUGUGACUUUGCAGACUUCUCAGGGUAAGCCUACUCCAGCUGAAAUGGGCUGCUAUGGUUUAGGUGUGACUCGCAUCCUGGCAGCUUCCAUUGAAGUGCUUUCUACAGAGGAUGCCAUUCACUGGCCAAGCCUCAUCACACCUUAUCAAGUCUGCUUCAUUCCUCCAAAGAAAGGCAGCAAGGAGGAGAAAGCGACAGAGCUCCUGGAAGAGUUGUAUGACUGUGUUGCUGAGGCAAUCCCUCAGCUCAAAGAGGAAAUUGUGUUGGAUGACCGGACUCAUCUCACCAUUGGUAAAAGGUUAAAAGAUGCUAACAAACUUGGUUACCCCUAUGUGAUCAUUGGUGGGAAGAAGGCUUUGGAUAACCCUUCGCUGUUUGAAGUAUGGAAUCAGAAGACUGGUGAGACUUUGUUCCUCACCAGAGAAGCCAUUAUUGAUUUGCUAAGUAAAGUGCCAACUUGCUAAUUCUUGA